GUUGUUGAUCAUUAUGAAAAUCCUAGAAAUGUGGGAUCCCUUGACAAGACUUCAAAAAAUGUCGGAACUGGAUUGGUGGGGGCGCCAGCAUGUGGUGAUGUAAUGAAACUGCAGAUUCAAGUGGAUGAAAAGGGGAAGAUUGUGGAUGCCAGGUUUAAAACAUUUGGCUGUGGGUCUGCUAUUGCCUCUAGCUCAUUAGCCACUGAAUGGGUAAAAGGGAAGACGGUGGAAGAAGCCUUGACGAUUAAGAACACGGACAUCGCCAAGGAGCUCUGUCUGCCCCCCGUGAAGCUGCACUGCUCCAUGCUGGCUGAAGACGCAAUCAAGGCUGCCCUAGCAGAUUACAAACUGAAACAAGAAUCCACAAAAGGAGAGGCAGAGAAGGAGAAGAAAUGAGCCCUCGGCGAAGCAUCUAGCGGUCAGACCUGCUGUCACUACAGAUGUUCAGAAGCCACCACCCCCACUACAGUAAAAGAGCUCGGAGUCACGCACAGUGCUUGCUGGUCACGUGGCAGCUCCCAUACCAGCAAUAUACACCGUUUACUUGUUCUAAGUCCUGUGCUUUCUUUCGGCCCACUCUUAGCACCUUAACCCCAUUUGUAUAUAUUUUGAAUUGUGCGCAUGGCCUCUAACGGAAAUCAGUCACAAAUUCUCAAGUGUGGUAGUCAAAGUGCGCAAAUACCUAAUUUCACCUGAAACUGUCUUGGGGAAGAUUACCAGUAGAAGGCUGUGAUAUUAUUUGAUAGAACCAAUUAUUGUACAUAAAACAGAUGUGCAUAUAUAUAUACACAUAUAUAUAAAAUAAAGGAUAUAAGACCA